UCGCCCUCCACGCCGGGGAGCGGGGCCACGCCCGAGGACUGCCCGGCGCUGGCCGACAGCCCCGCCACGCUCACCGAGGCCCUGCAGAGGAUCCACCCCAUCCCCGCCGACUCCUGGAGAAACCUCAUCGAGCAAAUAGGGCUCCUGUAUCAGGAAUACCGAGAUAAAUCGACACUCCAGGAAAUCGAAACCAGGAGGAAGCAAGAUGCAGAAAUACAAGCUAAUGCUGACAGGUCCCCAGGCAGCGUGGAGACUCCGGAGGAGGAGGACGAAGAGGAGGAAGAGGAGGAGGAGCUGCCCAGCCCACCCGUGAGGAAGGCUCUGCCCCAGAUCUGCCUGCUCAGUAACCCCCACUCCAGGUUUAACCUCUGGCAGGAUCUCCCAGAGAUUCGGAGCAGCGGGGUGCUGGACAUCCUCCAGCCGGAGGAGGUCAAGCUGCAGGAGGCCAUGUUCGAGCUCGUCACUUCUGAGGCCUCCUACUACAAGAGCCUGAGCCUGCUGGUGUCCCACUUCAUGGAGAACGAGCGGCUGAAGAAGAUCCUGCACCCGUCCGAGGCCCACAUCCUCUUCUCCAAUGUCCUGGACGUCAUGGCGGUCAGCGAGCGCUUUCUCCUGGAGCUGGAGCGCCGGAUGGAGGAGAACAUCGUCAUCUCGGACGUGUGCGACAUCGUGUACCGCUACGCGGCCGACCACUUCUCUGUCUACAUCACCUACGUCAGCAACCAGACCUACCAGGAGAGGACCUACAAGCAGCUGCUCCAGGAGAAGGCGGCCUUCCGGGAGCUGAUCGCGCAGUUAGAGCUGGACCCCAAGUGCAGGGGGCUGCCCCUCUCUUCCUUCCUCAUCCUGCCUUUCCAGAGGAUCACGCGCCUCAAGCUGCUGGUGCAGAACAUCCUCAAGCGCGUGGAGGAGCAGUCUGAGCGGGAAGGCACCGCCCUGGACGCCCACAAGGAGCUGGAGAUGGUGGUGAAGGCGUGCAACGAGGGCGUCAGGAAGAUGAGCCGCACAGAGCAGAUGAUCAGCAUCCAGAAGAAGAUGGAGUUCAAGAUCAAGUCGGUGCCCAUCAUCUCGCACUCCCGCUGGCUGCUGAAGCAGGGCGAGCUGCAGCAGAUGUCCGGCCCCAAGACCUCCCGGACCCUGCGCACCAAGAAGCUCUUCCGGGAGAUUUACCUCUUCCUCUUCAACGACCUGCUGGUGAUCUGCCGCCAGAUCCCCGGGGACAAGUACCAGGUGUUUGACUCGGCCCCGCGCGGCCUGCUCCGGGUGGAGGAGCUGGAGGACCAGGGCCAGACGCUGGCCAACGUGUUCAUCCUGCGGCUGCUGGAGAACGCGGACGACCGGGAGGCCACCUACAUGCUGAAGGCGUCCUCUCAGAGUGAGAUGAAGCGCUGGAUGACCUCGCUGGCCCCCAACCGGAGGACUAAGUUCGUUUCCUUCACCUCCAGGCUGCUGGACUGCCCCCAGGUCCAGUGCGUGCACCCCUACGUGGCCCAGCAGCCCGACGAGCUGACGCUGGACCUGGCCGACAUCCUGAACAUCCUGGAGAAGACGGAGGACGGGUGGAUCUUCGGGGAGCGGCUGCACGACCAGGAGAGAGGCUGGUUCCCCAGUUCCAUGACUGAGGAGAUCCUGAACCCCAAGAUCCGGUCCCAGAACCUCAAGGAAUGUUUCCGUGUCCACAAGAUGGAGGACCCUCAGCGCAGCCAGAAUAAGGACCGCAGGAAGCUGGGCAGCCGGAAUCGGCAAUGACCCCCGCGAGGGCCGCCGGCCUGGGGGCACGUGGGCAGGCAGGAGCCGGGCUGGGCCAGCAGCCCCGGCGGGCACAGAGGAGCUCUGGGGGAGGCCGGCGCCCCCAGGCAGCAGGGUGUGACCCUACCCCUCAUCCCUGCGUCGUGGUGAGUGCCCCGUGUCUUGGCCCCUCGCUCACAAACUGAAGACCGGGCGCCCCGUCUCUCCUGCUGCGCGUGUAGAUGAGAACGUCUGUCUUCAACAGUGUUACGCCCUCUCGCCCUCGGUCUCCCAGAGGCGGGAAGCGGUGGUUCUCGAGGCCUUCCCGGACACUGGGAGAGGCCCACACCCGGUGUCCCCGGUUGAUGAGGGCAGGUGCCAACGGUGAUUGGCAUGACCCCUGCACGUGUCCUUCUCCACCCUGGAAGCCCCUGGAGUCCGCCAGGUGCACAGAUGGACCGCGCCCCUUCCUGACGAGCUCUGACGAGAGGCCCCUGGUUUCCAGUUCAUGGGACUGAGACCACCGCCUCUGUCCACCCCGCCCCAAGCCUCCGCCAGCCUCUGGCUGCACGGCCAGGCCCUGCCUCGUGGCAGGCCUGCCAGAGCUUGGCCGGGCCCCACGCUGCCUCACUCCCUGGCAGGCUGGAUGUAACUCGUGUCUCUGGCCCCCUCAAGAGCCCAGGUGUUAUAAGGAAUGAACUGGUCACUGCAUCCUGUAUCAGCUAUGGUUCCAAGAAAAGCAAAUAUCAUUUUUGGCUGCAUUAAAAGAAGCAUCAUGUAUAAAGUA